UCCGGGUGCACGAUAUUGAUCCGUUCAAGUUUUUUGCAUGCGUUUCUCCAACCGAUCCGAAGUUUCCUUUUCCUAGAGAUGAUCUCAGAAGCCAAAAAAACGCAUGCGAUUUUUUCCCUCGCGAUUUUCUUCUUCCCUCCAGCUUUGUCUCACCCUCUUUCUGCCUUUUCGCCCGUCGCAGUGGCUGUUCGGUGCCGCGACAAAACUGGAAUUCCUCGUUCUUCCACGUCUUUCUGCGGCACCCGGACAUCUCGAAGCCGUCGUUUUUUCUCUUUCUGGAUCCUCUUGGCUUGUUCGCGGGUUCGCCAUCGUGGAGUUCCCUUCUCGCGCCGCGGCCGCCCUCCCGCCGUUUGACUCUCAAGAAAGAGACGGUUUUUCACCGUCCACUGAACUCCUUACUUGCCUUCACACGCCGAUCUCCCUUUCCUGUCUCCUCUCCUCAAGUUCUCGAGAAAUGCUCCUCUUUGGCAUUUGAAUAAUCUUGGAUUUCGCCCCCCCAUUCUCUCGACCUUGUCCGCCGUUUCCGUCCCUCUCGUCGCGCCGCCGACAUGCCCUUCCGCAGAAAAGCGCUUCCUCAGGCGUCCGCUUCUUCCCUUCUGCUCUUUCGUUACCGCUUUUCUGGGGUUGAGUUCUCUGCGUCGUCUGCGCGUUCGUAAAUCCCCAAUUCUUUUCUCUUUCUUGUCGCUGCAAGAAGUCCUGGUGGCGGCGACCGCCUUCGCUUCUCGCUUUUCCGGCGCCGCAUUUCGGCGCGAUUUUCCCUGUUUCAGCGAAACUCUGCAAAUCUGGAAAGGGAGAAUAACGAUUUUCUCGCGGCUCCGAGGCGCCAUGGGAUGCACCGCGAGCUCCACGGCGUCGGCGGGAGGCGAAUCUCAGCUCCGCAUGACUAAUGCAGGGGGCUCUCUCGACGAUGGCUUCUCUGAGAGACUGAAUUUGGAGGCGAAAAUUGUUCUGCUGGGGGACAGCGGAGUAGGGAAGAGCAGUUUGGCGCUGCGCUUCUGUCGAGGCCGCUUUCCUCAGUACCACGAAGUGACCAUCGGCGCUGCGUUCCUGCAGCAAACGAUUCGCGUCGGCGACGAUGGAAGUCAGCUGAAACUUUACAUCUGGGACACCGGCGGGCAGGAACGCUUCAGAGCGAUGGCGCCUCUCUACUAUCGCGACGCCGCGGGUGCUGUCGUUGUCUACGAUGUGACAAAUCCGGCUUCCAUGGAUGCCGUCCGCUUCUGGGUGGAGGAGUUGAAGCAGCGCGGCCCGGCCAACUGCUGCAUUGCCGUUGCUGCGAACAAGAGCGACUCGAUGGAAAACUCAGAAAAUGCAGAGCCUCCACCUGAAGAAGGAACAGCGGGCGUCGACGUGGAAGCUGAACGACGCGCGGAAAUGAAGAAGUACUGCGCGGCCGAGGGAAUGCUUUUCGUCGAGUGUUCUGCGAAGACGGGCUGUAACGUCGGCCUCCUCUUCGAGCAACUCGCCAAGGAAGUUUUUGAGCAGCUGAAGCAGAGCAUGAUGGAGUUGUGAACUCCUCCAGUUCUUUUUUACUUUUCUUCUGCAUGGAGUUCCUUGACUUCGGAAGGUGGAGAGACAACGGAGCCCAGCCUGAGAGACUCCCGUCGCUGUGUGUCUUCGCCAGAUUCUGCUUUCCGUUUUCGAUCGCCUUCCUUCUCUCAUAUUGUUCAGCUGAAACCUUGCGUUUUCUUCUCUCUGCUCCCCCGACAAAAAGCCGACGCGGACUCGUCUUCGCGUGACGACGUUGGUCUUCCCUCUCUAUUUCUCUGUUUCUUCUUUUCUCUCUCUUAUUUUAUGUUCCUUCGUCGCUGUCCCUUCUUCUCGGUUUCUCCUUUGCUUCUUCUCGUUUCCUGUUUCGCCGAUUUGCUUUGCUUUGACUUCUUCGUCUUGAAAUUUUAAACCUGUCAGCGGGCGCGAAAGCGUUCCUGGACGUCAGGACUAGCACGAAAUUCUCCACUUCUGCAGAGUUCGUAAACGGAAAGAUCUCCAGUUCUUCCCGACAGGAAGUCGAACGAAAAGAAGAAAAGGAACGGCCUUGGAGGCCCCGAACUACACAAAUUCAAAAGCGCCCUCACUCUCGCUUCUCUCUCCUCACACUGCAUUCUCCAAAAAACUCCUCUCGUCCUUUCUUCUCUAAACAAAGCACCCGGACACACGUGGAAAUAUAUGGCAACAUACAACUGGCUGCGCCAUAUCACAAC